GAUUAAACUAGGGAGACUUUAUUGGAAACAGUGCUUAAUAGUCGCAAAAAAGUUGAAAAUGCCUUUGCUAAAAAUACCAACUGCCAUUACCACAUCCAUUGAGGCACACAAUAAAUGGUUACAGAUAAUUAAAUCAGCACAGAUUUUGGUAGAAGAAGAUACUGAUCUACAGGAAAUGGCAUUAAAAGGACUGCGUCUGAAAGAACGCAACUUGCCGCCAGAAGUGUUGGGUCGUAUGUAUGCACAGUAUUGCGAUCUUAUUAAUCGAUUAUAUGAUGCAUAUUUGAAUAGUGUACAUUUACAGAGGGCACCUUAUAUAUUGGAAAUAAUCUGUGUCUUCAUGAAAAGAAUGUAUGAGUUACGCAAUGAAUUGGUAUAUUUAAUAACAAACGAUUAUAUAUUUGUGGACACUGGAUUAACUCAAACUCGUCUUACUCCCACUGAUAUACAGAUCGUAGUUCCAUAUCAUAUUGCCUUCGAAUGUAGAUCGGAAUCAAUAGAACAGGUUCUCCAAAAAAUGUGGAAGGAUACUGUAAAAAGGCAGUUUAAGAAGGUAACAACAUUGAAGUCGUCAAAUACUGGUAUGCUAAACGGUAGUGUUCAAGAAUGCAUGGAGCGUAUAACCGAUGAAGAGUCCUCAGAAUCUGAAGAAUCUAUAUCAAGCAGCCAUACUUUUAUACCUCAAGAUUUUAUUCAAGCUAACAUCAUACAAAAGCAUGAGAGAUUUAGACGAUUUUUUAUGGCAGACUACAGAGCAAAGUGUACCAAAAGUAAAAUAUAUUUUGCAAGCAAAUUUACAGAAGCAUCAGAGUCCAUGAAAACAUCUGCGGCGAUACUAAUUCAGAAAGUUUAUAGGAAAUAUAUGCAAAUUAAAAGACAACGUGUAAUAGACCUCAAACGAGACAUUAUCUUGGGUAUCAUACCUGACCCGCAUGUUCAGAGAUUAAAAUUUAAAGAAGAAAAUAACAAGGUUUACGAGAGAUGCAGAAAGAUCCGCUGUAAGAUUAAGGAAUCCUACAUCAGAGAAUUAGAAAACGAGAUGACCAAACUUAUCGUAUUUAGGAAAGAUAACCAGAUUGACGACAUAACGGAUCAAGUCUUGGAGUGGUUUAAGGAAUGGUACUAUGGCUAUGGUUUCUUCCCCAGCUAUCCUCAUGAGCUUGAAGGGGGUACUUUGUUAGUUAUUAGAGGAGACUACCGCACUGUCGAGGAACAGAAAGAGGAAGACGAGAAACUUUUAGCUGCUACAAAGGGGAAGACCAAAGAGCAACUGCAACAAGAGAAACUGCAAGCAGAAGCCGACGCGCAGAUGAAAGCAGAAUUGUUAAAAGAACAGAAACAGAAGAAAGCAGAACUACUAUUCAAGCAAAGGUGCAAUCCGUAUUCUGAUCCCGGUUACCAAGCACAAACGUCUAGUGUAAUGAAUGAAUUGAUAGAGACGUUACAAAAAUACAGAUCUGCGUGGUCCAUUUACGAUCGCUACCCACCAGACAAGUGCGCUGAUGUGUUGUAUGGGUAUAUCAAAUCCUUGAUUACUGAAGACCUCAUGUGUCAGAUUCACAAGGACUGCAGGCUCUAUGUGGAUGAGUUAAUGAGGCUGGAUUUAAAACUACUUAUUAAAAUGCACCAAGUGAUGUACAAACGCAUGGGAUGGAAGUACCCCAAGUUAAGUAUGAAGAAGAAACCCAAACCGCCAGCAAUACCCAGGCCACUAAAUAUUGAUAGUAAUUUACUGAAAAACAUGGAAGAUAUUUUUGAUCUGGGCAUUAUAACAAAGCCGAAAAUCAAAAUAGAUGAUAUAUAUGGAGAUUGCAGCUAUGCGGCUUACGAGCUGAACAUACGAGAUCCUGAUGCAAAAUUUCCUCCACCAGGCUAUGGCGAUAUAAAGCGUCGUUUAGUCUUAUCAUGCGUAUUCGGAUCUGGAAUCGAACCCGGUGCUAAAAGAAACAAAUCUGUUAUGUUAUUAGGUCCAGAGAGAAAUGGAAAAUCUUUCUUGGUCGACGCCGUUGCAGGAGAAUUGAAUGCUGUAAAAAUAGAUAUUACCCCUGAAGUAUUUAGUGCAGUUGUUAAUAAACCAACCAGAAUGUUAUCACAAGUGUUUCUAGCCGCCAGGGUGUUCCAACCAGCCGUCAUCUAUAUGAGAAAUGUGGAGAGAGUAUUUCAAAAGAAAAUUCCACUUCAAGAUAAAUAUUUGAAUGUAAAAUCAUUGAAAAUAGCCUUGCCUAAACUUUUAAAAAGUGUAUCAGUUGAUGAUAAAAUUAUAUUUAUUGCGACAUGCAGCAAUCCGUUUGUAGCGCGAGCCAAGCCCAUGGUGUCUCUAUUCAAUGAAAUGAUCCUAGUACCUAGAACCGAUUAUGGAUCUUUACAAAUGUUCUUUUAUAAUAAACUGCAAAGCAUCAAAAGUAUGGAUCGAGAUUUGUGCGUACAACCCAUAGCUCAGAUUCUUCAAGGUUACGGUUUUGGUGUCAUUAAUGAAGUCUACGAUAGUGUUAUGAAUCCUGAAAGAAUUGUCAGAUUGAAUAUAAAUCCAUUCUCAACAACCGAAAUAUUGGAUUGCUUGAUCAAAAUGGGAGCAGAACCAACUACUAUGGAGGAAUAUCAAGAAUAUAUAGAUUUCUACCUACAAAACUCACCCUUACGGAAAGUUCGAGAAGAAUUCGAAACAAUAAACGAGUAUAGAGAUGUCGCUUACAAAAAAAUAGCAAAAAAGAAGGCAGUGAAUCAAUGACUAUAAUAUAUUAGCUUCUAUUUUUAUAUAAUACAUAAUUAUA